CGGUUGGCCUCUCUCUCGAUAUAAACACCACCGGGAGUUUCCGAAAAUUCACAUUCAGCCCUGAAGACUGAACAAUGGUUAACAUGAGCUAUCACAAAUUUUUACUAAAAUAUCCACAUUCGAGUUCGAGACAGUCGAGAAGGCGAGCGAAUAAAAAAAAAAGGAACUGUUGGGACAAGCUAUCUCCAACAAAUUGGCAGACUUGAUAAGAGACUUUCCAAAGGUCCAGUGUGAACCGUGUGGCCGAGUACCUGUGUGUUGCGACUGACUGGCGAGAUGACUGCCGAGUGGCUACACCUGCCCCCGCCAUACCCCCCCGGCGUGGGGCCGUUGUGUGGUGCAGAGUUGGAGGCGUGGUAUGAGGACCUGCAGGAUAUUCUGGGCUCCGACACGGGAGGGGCAAAACUCGCUCGUGCCCCCGUAUGCACCGAGAAGGAGCCGGAGUUUCUGGAUGUUCUGGAGAGUUGUUCUCUGACGUGGCUGACGGACGGAGGCCAGACGUGGGGCGACGGUGUCCAGAGGACCAAAGAGGAGAUCCACACCCAGCCUCUGCGUCACACCUCCUCCUCUUCCUCCUCUUCAUCCUGCAUGAGUCCAGCGGUUGCAGAAGAGCGGCGGACGGAGGCUGAGAGCAGGAGAAGGGGAGACGGCUUGACGGGAGGCAGCAGUGAUCUGCUGCCUCCGGAGUUUUUCGAGUUGCUGAGCGAAGGAGGAGUGGGAAUGGUGGAUCCGAGUGGGGCGGUGAUCAGCGGCGGCUAUUAUUACCACCACCAAGCUAAUGUCCACCCUGCGUCUCCCUCAGCCAGCGAGGAGGAACUGCCCUGUGUCCCACAUUCUCCAUCCUGCUCCUCCUCAGCCUCCCAGUCGCCAUCUCAAAAUUGUUCCUCUCCCUCCUCGCCCGUCUCUUCACCCUCCGUCUACCCGUCCUCCUGCCUGGGAAAGCGCAACAGGACCACCAGCGAGAGGGACAGCAGUGCCUUGUCCCCAUUUGCCUCCUCUACACAGCACAAAUCCCCAUCCUUGUCGUCGGCAAAAAAGAGUCGCAAAGAAAGAGAGCAGGACAACGAGAAGAAGGUACAGGAGCUGACGGAGCAGAACGAGCGCUUGAAAGCGGAGAUUGACAGGCUGGGAGAAGAGGUACAGAGGACACGGAGAGCCCUGAUAGAGAGACUAGUCAACACCAGGAAAUGAAUGAGGGAGAAGUGAAAGUAAGGAACGUUGAAAAGAUGACAGGUCUUGAAAGAAUUAGAAAUAAGCAGAGGUGAGGGAAGAUGUGAUACGGUGGUCAUGAAAUGCCUCUCGGACAGGAAAGUACGGAAACCAAAGAAUUCUUUCAUAAGAGGACUUUUGAACACGGCUCUAGAUGGCGAGAAAUAGGAAAGCGAUGAAAGUCAAGACAAGAAACCGAGAGGAAGGGCUGCCACAGCAAUGCGGCAAAUAAAAAGACGCAGCAUGUACCAAGUAAGGACGGACCACUCGAAGUGCAAAUGAUACCAUGCUGGAGAGGAGUGUGUCAUUUUAAGAAUGCCUGACACGUUCCAGCAAAUAGGAUGGUAGAAAUAACAGAAGCAUUUGAGGAUUGAUUUGUAUGUUGGACAGAAGGAAACUUGAGUGCUUUUCAUGUCAUUCAUUCCUGCCAUUUUGCAAUAAUUGUAACUCCUACGUUAAGGGCUGCAAUUUGGCUAGCAGAGAUUAAUUUGCCCCAAUUUGUAAAGAGGUGAAAAGCUCAGGAAAAGUCUGAAAGUGCCCAGUGCAGUGUGAGUAUGAGAAUUCAUAAUCUUUCUUACCUUUUUAUAACCCAUGGCUUGUGUAUGAGUAUUUAUAUAAAGUAAGUAGCUCCCGGCUCUACUUUCUAAGCUGACCUUUUCUAUCAAUAUGGGAAUUUGUGGAAGAAUCACCACAAGAUGUUCUACCUUGAUUUACUAUUUUUAUAGAACAUUGUAAUAUAUACACAAUUAUACUGUAAAAUGCAAACAUAUCCACUGUUAUUUUCUCACUGCAGAAGUGUUAGUUGUAGAGUAAUAUGCAUGGCUUUUAUUAUUGGCUUCAAAUACAUGUAUAUUACCAUACCAUUUAUGUAUCCUUCAUUGUGAUCCAAAAUCAGCAAUAAAAAAAUAUGUGGAA